AUGACAUUAUGUGUUCAAUCAGCUGCUCGAGAAAAUGAAAUCUUAUCGAAUGAAAUUAAAGGCAUUAUCGAAAGAUUUCCGCAAGAAAAUGAUGAUGGAUUUGAUGCUGAACCUGCGAGUCGAGAGCGAAACCAACAAUCCAGAAGAGGAAAUAAUCGCUCCGACUCUAAUACGUUCGCUGGGCGAGGAUUUCUUGCUCCAGCAAUAAUUAAUGAAGCUAAUAUACAAUUAACUGAAGAAGAACAUCAAUUAUUAAAACUGGGACCAAAAUUUAUAUUUAAUGAUCCAAAAACAGCAGCUCGACGACGUACAAUUGAGUUGGCUACUUUAAAACGUAAAAUAGGAAAAUGUUUUCUUCGUAAGAAAGUUAGCCCCGGUCGUCCACUUCAACAAUUUAUCGUCGAAUUAGAUGUUCUUCUUCAAACGUUACAUAAUAUUUCUAUAACAAGUAAAAAUUUAAAUAAAAGUUUAGUGAUUGGGAGUCAAAUGAAUCAAAAUGAUAUUAUCGAAUCAAUAAAUAGUCAAGCAAGUCAAUUACAAGUUUUAAAUGGAAUAAAAGUAAAGAAAAAGAAAAAUUAUGGAAGAUUGGUAAAGAGAUUAAAACAUAAAUUUAAAUUGGCUAAUGUUAUAUUACAAAAAUCAGAUAAAUCAAAAGUAUUCCAUUUAGGUAAAGUUGAAGAUUAUCAUAAGAAAUCCAAGGAAUAUAUGGACAAAACUCAAGCAUAUAAAUGUCUUGAUAAAGAAGAUCCAUUACCUGAAUUAAUUCAAAGAACAAAUAAAUAUUUGUUAGACUUACGAUUAGCUAAAUGGAUUACUCAAAAACAUUACGAAUUGUUAAAUAUUAAAUCAAAUGAGGUUGAAUUAGCUCAUUUAUAUUAUCUGCCUAAAGCUCACAAACCUGGUACUCCUCUACGCCCAAUUAUAAGUGGUCUCAAACAUCCUACAAUUAAAAUUUCAAAAUU